AUGAGUCCCCCGGUGACCGCUUCUCUCUCCGGCUGGAAUUUGACCUUCUCUUUCCGGCGGGCCAUCGCGCCGCCGCUUCCCUGCUGCGGGCGGGCGGUGGCGGCGGCGACUGGGAGGGGGAGGACGGCCCUCCGGCGAGCCCCUUAUUGCUCCACCGCCGCCAGCGGCGUAUCGGCUGCGCAGGCGCCGCCGACGGCGACGGCGACGGCGGCGGCGGCGGCGGCGGCGGCGUUCGACUUCAAGAGCUACAUGGCGGAGAAGGCGGCGGCCGUGAACCAAGCGCUGGACGCGGCCGUUCCCCUGUCUUACCCCGAGCUGCUCCUCGAGUCGAUGAGGUACUCCCUCUUGGCCGGCGGCAAGAGGGUUCGUCCCAUGCUCUGCCUCGCUGCCUGCGAGCUUGUCGGUGGCUCCGCUGCCGCCGCCAUGCCCUCCGCCUGCGCCGUCGAGAUGAUCCACACCAUGUCCCUCAUCCACGACGACCUCCCCUGCAUGGACAACGACGACCUCCGUCGCGGGGUCCCCACCAACCACCGCGUCUACGGCGAGAGCAUGGCCGUCCUCGCCGGCGACGCCCUCAUUGCACUCGCCUUCCAGCACGUUGCGGCAGCGACGCCGCCGGAGCUGGUCCCCGCCGCCCGCACCCUCCGGGCGGUGGUGGAGCUUGGGCGGCGCGUCGGCGCAGAGGGCCUCGUCGCCGGCCAAGUGGCGGACAUGCAGUCAACAGGGUCGUCGGAACCGGUGGGGCUCGAGCAGCUGGAGUAUAUUCACCGGAACAAGACGGCGGCGCUGCUGGAGGCGGCGGUGGUGAUGGGGGCGGUCGUCGGAGGGGCGGCGGAGGAUCAGAUCGAACGCCUGAACAAGUACGCGCGGUGCGUGGGCCUGCUCUUCCAGGUAGUCGACGAUAUUCUUGACGUCACCAAGUCGUCGGAGGAGCUGGGGAAGACGGCGGGGAAGGACCUGGCCUCCGACAAGACCACCUACCCCAAGAUUUUAGGGCUGGAGAAAUCCAGGGAGUUUGCGGUGCAGCUGAACAAGGAGGCUAAGGAGCAGCUGUCGGAGUUUGACCCGGAGAAGGCAGCGCCACUGCUCUUUCUUGCGGACUUCAUCGCCUACAGACAAAACUGA